AUGACCCCACCCAACAUACAAUCCUCACCGCCGCCGCUUCCCUACAAGCCCCAAAUCAGACGUCCUAGCACAGCCAAAUCCACUCGAACCCUCUCCAAUUCUUCCAUUCCUACGCUAGCAACCGCCCGUCUUGCCACUCAGCCUUCUCCAUCGUCCUCCAGUGCGACUCUUAUUCAACACUCACCUUUACAACCUCGUAGACCGCCGCGCUCCGCCAUAUGCCCUUCCUCUUCACGUCCUCCCUUGCCUCAUUCCGCCCUGGACCCCUCGCAGGAUCACCAUCGUAGCGAUUCGGGCAGAUCCACCGGAUCCUCGCGCUCCACCGCCACUACAGAUAGCUUUUUCUUGCCACAGCAUCCGCACCCAUUCAACCGCCGUCUCAAAGAUCUGCCGUCUCUCCCUCCAUCGUCAUCUUUCGUCGAUUCCCCCACGCCGCACAGACCACACGAUGCUCCCGCAUCCGCAUCCGCAUCCGCAUCCGCUCUUGAUCUCAACCUCACCAUUGCUUCCUCAGUCGCCCCGGCCUUGGUGCCGCCCGCACGGCUCUUUCGCAGCCAGAGCUCCAUCAGCACCACCCCCACCAGUCCUGAAGAUGGCAGUGGCUCGCCCCUGGGCGGCUCAGUUACAGCCGAUCAUGCACCUCUCGAUGACGCCAACGCCAAGCUCCAAGCCCAACACGCAGACAGCCUCGACGAUUUCUGGCAAGCCGACUACUCCUACGCUCGACCCUCGACCGAGAUGCGCAAAACAACUUUGCCACCUCUGCUGCGAUCCAAUGCACCCAUUCCGCCCUCAAGGUCGCAGUCGCUCGAUCCCCUUGCCGAGCCACUGGACGCCAACAGCGUUGACAGCCCUUCUCAGCACAACCAAUCUUCCCCAGUAGGAUCGGCUGUCCCUCUACUUGCUGCCAACCUGCAAAAGCUUAAUUCGCAAAACGACCUUCGACGAAACAGCGUUUCAGUCACAGGCAAACUUGCUUCGCCCAACCCUUCCUCCCUCAGCGGUAACUCACUCCCACCAGAUGCAGCGACGACGCUCGCCUCGCAAAGGCUUGCAUAUCUCCUUACCAACAGCCAGCAAUGCGCUGUAGACCACAGGCCACAACCCAACAAAUCAAGCUCGAGCCUGUCUGCCUCUUCGGCGCACGACCACGACAGGAUCACGCUUUCAACCGCAUCCAAGCGAUCUUCGGCCUCGUCCAGCAGCUCCUUUCGCAUGACCUUGUCUAGACAGGCCAAAACGUUGCGCAAUUCGUUCAUGUGGACACCGCCGACCACUGACAAUACAAUAGCAGCCAAAAAGGAGCCUAGCAUAACCAGCUCCUUGUUUCUCAGUCCGGACAGCUUGUCGACUCCGAUCUCACAGGCUUCGAGCCCAACCCCGGCCGUCAGAAGUCCACAAUUGCAAAGCAGCGUACUCACGUCUACACAGCUCUCUUCGCAUAACCAAGGCAUCCUCGCACCGCAGCAACAUCACUGUGCUUUUCCGCCGAUCUCAUCAGCCAAGACUUCCGUGCCGACGACCGUGGCGGCCUCCACACCAUCUUCUUUCAGCUCUACAGACGUCCUUCCAAAGAGAACAGCGUCCAAGAAUGCCAAUACCGAUGCAUCGUUGACCUUUUCAGCGUCGGCAAACACCGAUCUCCCCAACCCCAACCCCAAGCCGAAGAAGCCCGCCACCGAUUACGGCAAAACAGCCGAUCGAUCUCGAUCACGCCUCUCGUCGCGUAUUACACUGCAAAAUGCAAACUGGUCCAUGAAAAUCUCCAACAUGAAGACCAAGAAGCCGACCGAUGCCUCUGCUUUCACGUCUACAACAUCACAUGUGGGUGCAGACGCGAGCUCUCGCACUACGAAUAGACGUUCCAAGAGCCAAGCGUCCCUCUCUUCGGCGCUCACUGCUGCAUCCGCGAACACUAUUCAUGCAGAGGUGCGCGAUACCGCGGAGCGAGUCCCCCGGUUGGAAUCCUCGAAGGCACCAGCAUCGCUGCUUAUUGAUACAACGCCGGUCUCGACAAGCGAAUCAUCCGGCGUAGAUCCCCGACUCUCUCCGUCCUUUGCCGCAACAUUUGCAUUUCUCAACAGCGAAAUUGACUCCACGGAUCACUCGCCACUUUUGGUGUCGACAAUGUUGCCGUCGCAGGAGAAUGCUCAAAACGCUAUUCGCAUCGCUGAUCGAGCGUCUCUACCCGCCUCUGUGAUCCCAGCGAUUCAGUCUAGCCCGGAACACAAGGUCUCCCAAACGUCGGUGACCGACCUCUACGAUACUACCAUCGCUACGCCCAGCUCGCAACCUGAACCUUCGCGUCCAAGCGAUGCAGAAGAUGCACGCGCUCAGUCCGCUCUCUUUGACCGACUUGCCGAUUCUCCCGAGGCCGUACACAAGACGCUUGUUUUACCGGAUCCAUUACAUCCUCCUGCCUCGACGUCCUUCGACCGCGUCUCUGCCGCUUCACAGAGCACAUUUCAGAGGCAUAGCCACAAGAAGCACAUGUCCCUCGGAUCCACCACCUUGAUCUCGAAAUCAGCGCGCAAAGCAGCCUCCGACCUAGACAAACGUGCGUGCGUGGCUUCGUCUGGACUUCCAUUGACUAAUGUCAACGCCGCUUCCCGGUGGAGCUUCGCCAGUGCCUUGCCCCUGUUCACGCCAAUGAGCGAAGAUGGCACCUUUUUCGACGCCCUCACCUCACCUCUGGACGAGCAACCCUCCAAUGUCAAGGCGAGUCCAUCGCCGCCGGACAACUCAGUGCUGCCAUCCUUUGCAACUGCAACCGAAUUUUUCCCCUUGACAAAGACAGAGCCCGUCAGCCCCGUGCACGAUCAACCGUUCACUCCCUGCACCAAAACCACCGUUGCUGCACAAAUGGCGGCUACGGCACAAGCUAUGCCGCCACCGAACCGAUCAUCGCUUGGGCGUCGUCUGUCGGGCGUAGUCGAACCUUCGAAAGUGCGCUCUUCAGACCACUGUGCGUUGGCAUCUCCGUCACAAAGCACUCAUGCCGAAACAAUGCGCCGAGAUGCUCUUCCAGCUAGACCUGAGACCAGUCUGGGAUUUUAUCUUCGCAACCCACUGCGCAAGGAGCGAAAGGCGUCUCAAAAGGCCGCACAGUCGCUGACGCCUACAGUUAGUCGCACUGAGACUUCCAGCACGGCAAGCCACAAAUCACCGACUUCCGCCAUCCGCAGAAUGUCGACGGGCUUCCGGCUCGAUCGAUCAUUACCGGUCAAGAAAGAACUCACUCGAGCCGAGACGUCACUCGGUAUGGCCGCUUCUGAGGUCAAGUCAGCACGCCUCUUUAGCAGCAGAGUUCUGGCUCCGACAAAGAGCUCAUUGGCGAGAAGCGUGCAGCGAUCUCCGCCCUCGACGGGUAGCGCUACCGCGAAAUCUUCGCCUGCCUCCUCAUUAGCCACUCCCAUCACCAAAGCGCUCUCGCGUUCGCCUCAGCGGCCCACAAACCCACCGUCAUCGUACCGCGGCUCGCCGGCUGCAUCCUCCCGUCCUUCAGUGAGUGCGGUUGGCUCUGCCUUCAAGUCUACCCCUUCAUCAAAGGCACCGCUCUCUUCGACGAGCAGGGGUCGUACAUCUUCGUCUCAAGACGUCGCCACGUCGAUGGCAACCGGUCAGGAUGCCCUUCCGGCAGCUCCAUCCAAUCCAACCAACGUUCGUCGCCGACGCACGCUUAGCAAGCCGCUGCUGAAUCCGAUCCGCACCUCUUUCAGUGAAACGCGAAACUAUUCCAGACCGUCCACAGCGAUCGGCUUCCGAGGUGGCAUGACCGCCGCAGACCGCAAGAUGAGCCAGCCCACGCUUGACAUGGUAGAUGACCGUGAAUUCCUCGAAGCGCUCGAACAGGUACGAGCCGUACAGCGCGAGCGCAUCCAGGCUGAAGCGCAAAAGGUCGAGAACAAGAGUCGCCUUGCUCGUCUAGGAAUGGCGUCUGGCAACCACCUCAAGACUAAGAACCCAGAAUCCGCUCUUGACAAGGACAACAACGACACUAGCACUUCGCCCAACAGCCUUAACAGAAGCGUCAACGAGCCGGUGACAGCCGCUGCUCCUACGAGCAUCGUACCCGCUAGACCACGAUUGCGUCACAAGCGGUCAGCCAGCGCCGACGCUCAACUGGCCCACGUUCAGACAACAACGUCUGUGGCAGCGGAAGAGUCCGAUCGCGACAUUGAUCAGCGGCAGAAGGAUAUUGUCAAGGCGUAUGCCGACAAGCAACCCCUAGUUGGACCACCUACGUCGGGUCUCGAAUGGGGCGUGGGAAAAGCCAGUGGCAAGCUUCACGACGGCGCCUUUGUCAAUGACGACGACUGGAAGAAAGAGGUCAAAGCAUUGUUCCUCAUCCGUGAGCUGGUGCAGACUGAGAGAAGCUAUUCACGGCAUCUCAGCAGCCUCCUUGGCGUAAUCCGAAAGAUGCCGGUGGCUCCUGGCAGCAAUAGCCCCAGUUGUCCUAGCAUGAAACGCAAGUCGACCAGCAAUCUGUUUGCAGCCUAUUCAUCGGCUGUUGCUAGCAAAACCUCGCCGAAUGCUAGCCCCCCAAGUCACAUGGCGCUGAUGCGGACAUAUUUGCCGCAGUUGAUCGCGUUGAGCAACGCACUUGUUCAGCGCGUCGAGGAGAACCCCACUAGUGCCGGCGUGGGUGGCGCUUUUGAUAUGUUAGCAGCUCAGCUCGAGUCGACCUUUGUCGGAUGGUCCGGGGUCGCAUCUCAGGCACUGGCCGAACUGCGAUCGACCGAGAUGGCCAAGUCAAAAUCGCCGUUCAAGAUUGGGUUGGUGCCGCUGAUGCCUCGUGAAUCGACUGAGGUGGGCGCGUCGACGGCUGAUGCAGUCAGCAGCGCAAGUGGCAGCUCAACGCCUGGAUCGAGCUUCAGGAAUGCGGCGCUACGCAUGACUUCGUUCACGCGUCCGACCUCGCCUGUUGUUUCUCGUCGUGAUUCGAACGCACCAGCAGAUGGCAAUGCUACCGUUACGACCAAGAGAUCGACCAAGCGUCGCAGUACGAUCACCAGCACCAGCUUCCAUCCGCCGCCACGUGUCGUUGUCGCCGCGGCUACGGUGCUCUCGUCAAGCCCGGAGCAGGACAAGGAAGGCGACAGUUCCGCUUUCGCAACAACGACCACCGCAGCGCAACGUUUCGGACACUUGCGCAGUCAAUCGACACUCGUCACUCCGCUACCCACCCCUACGUCGAGCACUGCCCCUGAUCCAUGGUCGGCACCGCCACCAUCGGGUGGCAAGAGCUUGACACCGAUGGACAUUGCCAUCAUGCCGACGCAGCGUCUACCUCGUUACGGGCUCAUGUUGCGUGAUCUGCUGCGCAACACUCCUCCGGAAUCUCUGUCACAUGUUCGUGUGCAACGGGCGAUUGGGCUGAUACAAAAAGUCGCAGGCUUGUGCGAUGCUGUCGCCCCAGUUGGCGUAACCGGUGGGCGCGGGACGAGUGGGAACAGCUCGGGGGCGGUACCCUCUGCACGCGCGAGAAGCGUGAUGGGUGUGGCGUCUACAGACUUUGCGGUGAAUGCGGGGUCGAGCAUCACUGAUCAGUAG